AUGUCUAGUUCAUUUUGGUCAGGGUAUAAAGGUCUCACAUCUUUUGCAUCUGGAGCCAUCAGCAAAGCCAAAGAACAAAUUCGUGACAUAACCACAGAAGUCGCAAUAGAAAAUGAAGAAGAAGACCCCUCUGAGCUGAAAUCUCAAGUACUUGAUUUAGAAAAUCGAUGCAAUGAGUAUAGGAAAAUUUUGCAGGAAAGAGACUUAGAGUUCAAUGAAAAUCAAAAAAAAUUGGAAUCGUUAAUUGAAGAAAAUAGGCAGCAUAAACAAUAUAUUGAAGAAUUAAUAGAUUAGAUUAGAUUAGAUUAAAAUUAUAGCGGGUCGUCGGGGUUUAUUUCAGCCCCUCUCCGCCAACGGAUAGCUUCGCGUUGGCGCUAAGCGCUAUCCUCACACCACCUUUUUCCGUGUCGACGUCACAAAAAAAUGGUGACGUCAGAGGUCUGUCGGGGAGACACCCCUAAAGAUCGGCCGAGCCUUUUCUUGGUCCCAAAGUUCAGCAAAAGACUCCCUUAACCUCUGACAGGGCUCAGAGUAUGGGUAAACCGUCUUCUGCCUUCUCCAUGGCCUGUCAGAACCCUAUUGCAGAUUCAAGAUUGCUUCCAUGGAGUAGUAUCGGGACUUUGCGCCGGUAGGGACUUCUGCAGGUAAGGAAAAAAGAUCUAAGGUUAUCCCUUAGACCAAAAACCCACCCCUGAGAACUAUCACCAUGUGGCUCAUCUUUCCUCGCCCGGAUCAACUCUCGGGUUGUCAGGAGUCCACGUCAGAUCACGCCAUUUUAAUAAUUCUAGAAUUAAUAGAAGAUAAUAAAGAAAUAGUGAAAUUUAGGAUUGUGAUAGGAGCUGAAGAUAGUGUUGAAGCUUUGGAGCUGCUAAAAGUAAGGGAAAAUGAGUUAAAUGAGGAAAAGGAAUUGAAGAAAAAGAUAGAAAAUCAACUGGAGGAAGAAAAAAAUCUAAGGAUUGAAGAAAAGGUUAAAUUGAUGGAAAUAUUGGUUUUAAAAGAAAAUGACAUAAAUGAAUAUAAACAGAGAUAUGAAGAACAAGGGGUGAAAAUAGUGAAUUUAGAAAGAAAUAUACAAGGAAUGAGAGAUAAUGAAAUAAAGCUGAAAAAAGAAAUAGAAAGCCAUAAAGCUAGAAAUCUGCUGCUGGAUGAAGAGAUUAAGAGCUUAAAAGAAACGAUGGCAAAGCAAGAAGAAACUUUUGACUCUUUGCAAAGUUCAUUUAUGUCAGCGAAACGAAAUCAGCAUCAAAUAGCAGAAGAGUGCUAUAAAGCUUUAAAGAUAAGUGGAGGAUACAUAGGACUAACAGUUCCCAAUAUAAAAUCUGAAAAUAUUGGAAUUGAAGAUGUCGCAGAAUUUUUGGCAUCCCAAAGCGAUUAUAUGAAAGAAACCAUAACAAGGGUAGCUACCAGCUUAUCAUUAAAGACCAAAGGCGCAACUGACAGAAAAAUUAGCUUUAAGCAUACCUUAGAAGGAAUCAAAGAAGGAGUACUCAGUUUUGUUGAUGAGGUCCAGAACAAGCUAAAAGAUACCAUUGAUAUUUCCAAAACCACUGAAGAUUUAUAUCAUAAAACCUUGAAGGAAAAAAUGGAUAUAGAAGCUAACGUAGAAGAGCUUAAAAAAUCAAUAGAAGAUAAAGAAGAAACCAUAAAAACUAUAGAAAAUGAGCUGAAAAAAGAUAAAGCUGAUUUUUCGCUUAUAGAAGAGUUAAAAACCCAUAAUAUUUCUUUAUCGUCAGAAAUUCAUGAUCUUAAGCGAAAAAUUGAAGAGCUCGAAAAACAGUUAAGUACAGAAACAGAAAUAAAUAAAAAAUCAAGUGAAGCUUAUAAAUCACUGGACAGCCAUUUUGCAUCUUUGAUUCAAAAGCAGAAAAUAUUAAGCGGUGAGCUAGAAGAAAAAGAAAAACAGUUGAAAGCAGCAAAUGAUAAAUGCGACGAAUUAUGCUUUUCUAUACUGAAUUAUGAGCAUUAAAAAUUAAUAUUUUUUUAGAAAAAUUUAUUUAAAAUCAUAUAAUAAAAAUGAUUGAAGAGAACGAAAAAUCAGCUGAAAAAAAUAUGAGUGAAAUUGAAGAACAAAACAAAAAGAAAAUAAAUGACUUAAAAAACCUUCAUAUGGCAGAAAUCAAUGAUAUAAGUCAAAAACACUCUAAAGCUAUUUGUGAAGCACAAAUUUCAUUAGCUAAAGCUCAAAAUGACAUAAAGGAAUUAAAAUCUGCCAAGUCGCAAAUUGAAAAAUAUGAAGAAGCAAUCCAAAAGCUGCAAGAACUUCUAUCAAGUUUAGAAAACCAAGUAGAAACCUAUUCAUCUCGCAUUGAUGAUUUAACCCAAGAGCUCGAAUCCACCCAUUCCAAGCUUUCCCACCUUUCCUCAAAGAAAAAAUCCUAUAAACAAAAAUUAUCCUCAAUUAGAUUAAUUAUAAAAUUUUUUUUCCAAAAAAUUAAUUCACUUAAAUUCAACAAAAAUCGUAUUAAAAGAAACUGAAAUUUAUAUCCUUGAGCAAAAAGAAGAAUUUAAAGCAGAAAAAUUUGAAUUAGAAAAGCAAAUUCAGCAUACACAGCAAAUGAAAUCAGAGGCUGAAGCAUUAGUAAAUCAAGUACAGAAGCAAAUUCAAGCUAGCGAUAACUUGAUUGACAGAAGACUGAUUACAACAUUUUUAUUAAAUUACUUAAAUGAACAAAACAGUGAAAAAAUCCGAGUCCAGAUGCUUAAAGCUUUAGCUGGGAUGCUAGAACUUAAUGAUGAGCAAAAACAGAAAAUUGGGCUGGUCCCUGAUGAUGGGCUUUUAGCACAAUUCGCGAAUUUUAUUAGUAAAGGAUAA